ACGGGGGUGGAUGCACGCAUUUUCAUCCCCUACAUUACGACCACGUUGCCCCAACUUUGCUGAACUAACGAAACAACGAAAACAAUAAUAUCUUGUGUCACGUACAAAAAUAUGUGCGACGUGUUGUGUGAAUAAAAUAUGUGCACGAGUGUACAGUUUCAGUGAUGUGUCUUCUUUUAUUCUUUUCCGUAAUGAUAAUCUCUGGAACACCUUGAAUGUGACAGGCCCUGGAGGAAUUAACCCAGAUUUAGUUGAGCGAGCCGCGACGAUGAUCACCCACGCUGAAAUAUGGAGAUAAAACGUCAUGAAAAGCCGGGCAACCUGUCUCCCCUAAACCCGGCUACCAAGAAGGAGGAAGAAGGCAAGACCUCCAGGUCGAGCAGCAAGUCGGAGAAGGAACUGAGGAUUCAUGACAAGUCUCCGAGCGAAGAGGCCCUGAGAAGAGCAGAGAGACGGUUGUCGAGAGCCAGUGAAAGUUCCAGAGACACCUUUGACAGACAAGACUCAAAAUCGACACUAAGCCCGAAGGUAUCCCGCAAAUACUUCACCAACUGGCGACAGGCAUGCGAUAAGACGAAGGAUAAAACCAAAGAAUUGUUAAAACGGUGGAGGACGCUACCAGAAUCGGAAGUUCCUGGAAAUCCAAUGCAAGCGACGGAGCACAGUGAAGACGAGAAAAAUCACGGAUGGAGUGUCCAUGUUUGGACGACAUGGGUCAACCGAUGCAGUCAAGACCUGGAGUGCCUAGACCUGGAGGAGGAGCAACCAUUAGCACAACUGAGCUCCAUACAAACAGACAAGAUGACUCUCUUCUUCACCGAGCUUCUUGACCACGACCGAGAUGACGUCAUCUGUGACCAGGAUUUUGACAAUUUUUUUGAGAAACUGGCCCACUUCGCAGACUGGUCGAGCAACUCGUCAGAGUUCCAUAUGAUGUUGGAAGUGAAAAGGGAAUUCAUCGAGCAUUUUAUCAAUCCAUUGCCAACAAAGUUUGCAGAGUUGCCAUACUACAGAAGAGUUUGUGGACCCGAAGCUGGUGGAAUGGCUGGAAGAACUACCCUCGAAGGCUGGUUAGCAAGAUGGGCGUUACAGCUCACAGAAAUGAAACGUUUUGUUGAUUUGCCGCUUUACCUACAGUACCUGUGCAAGAUUAUGUUUAAUGUUAUAGAUAGAGACAGUACAGGAGAAAUUAGGAAGCCAGCGCUGGCGGCCUUUUACCGUUCAGUAAUCGGGCUCUCUGCUAAGCGAGUCGAAGAGAUUAUCGACACGGCCUACGACAGGAUGACGAGCAAUAGUUAUCUAAUCCUCGACUACGGGACGUUCGUACAUUGCUUCACCAACUGGCUGAUGGGGAAGAACCCAAAUGGACCUGGACAGUGGGUGCUGGUACCACCAAAGGAUUCCUUACCACAACCGCCAUUCCCAGUAGAUUAUAGCGCUUUGAACACUGAGCCGGCGAAACUCGAACCGUAUGCACCAGACAAAAAGACUAAUAGACAUUCUGUCAUAGUAUAAGAUUUACAGACUAGCGAAUUUAUUUCGGCUAUUAAUUUUAUUAGUGGAACCAAAUAACAUUUUUUGUCAGACAAGGGCGAAAUUCAUGCUGUUCGAAAUGCAUUUUAACUAUGUGUGUUUGUUUUACCUAAUGCUUUAUUGCACAAGGUACUUAUUUUAACACAAGGAGCAGCAAGCUUAAUUCGGUGUAAUCUACCAACACAUGCAAAUCUCUAUGGUCAAAAUCUUAGCGAAAAUAUCUUUGUCGUUGUAGCCUACAUCUCAUCUCAGGAUGCUUCGGUGUCCGAGUAAAAGUGUUUUAGAAGAUUUAUGGGGUGUUACGUAGGUAAUGGUGGUGCGUAUUGCUUGCUUACUUUUCCUGUGUGUUUAGUAGUAGGGAUUUGGAAGGAAGGAAGGAUUUGUCUGUUUUGCCAGAUUGGCGAAUUCAGCUUGCUGUUCUUGGUAUCAUGGAUUUCCGCAAAAUUAUGCCUGCUUCUAUCCAAUCAUUUAUCCAACACUAUACCUAGUUACAUCAGAAACUAUCAUUUAAGAAAUUACAAGCAAAGCCUAUUUCAUAGCCAGUUUUAGUCGAUAUUUCGGACGGAAUUUCGCGCGUGUUUGGCCGAGUGUGUCUAGGUCAUAAUAUAGGCGUAUUAAAGGCAAUUUAGAGAAUAGCAACGUAUACGUAAACUAUACCUAGUAUAUGCGUAGGUAGAUAUAGUGCGAGAUUUUGUGUCCUAAUUAAUUAAUAAUUAAAGAUUGUAUGCUGUUCCAGUGUAUACUGAUUUGUAUGAAAGUAUGUACAUAGUAAACCAUACCAUUUUAAGACGGCAAUUCGUCACAUGUUUGAAGAGACUCUACAAUGUAAAAAUACACUUAGAAUAAUACUGACGUAGAUAACUUUAAACACGGUCCCCUAAUACGCCUAUAGUCAGGUUUAAUUGAUAAGUAAAUGAAUUUAGUACUU